AUGAACCGUCUCAUCUGCGCUCCUUCGACCGUCGUCGUCGCGACAUCUUCAGCGCCAAAAACGACGUUUCGUUUUGGAAAACGAAGACGAAAUGUGUGCACAAAGGCGGGACCAUCUCAAUCGACUUCAUCCGCCGCUUUAAAGAUCUGGGAGGAGAUUAAAAACCAAGUCGAGUUAACGUUUAACCCAAGAACGAACGGGGCGAAAAUAGCCGGUCGAUGUCCGGAUACGCAAACGAUUGAAACCGAAGUGGAUAGAUUACAUGCCUCGGAUGCAGUCGAGGGAGACGUGAAGGAAAAUUUUAGCGAAGACCGAUUCGCGUUGGAAUUGGCGAGAAAUAUCACCGAGACGAGCGUACAGAACACGCCUUCGAAUUGGGACGAUGCUUUGAAGGAGGUGAUAUUAUCGUCGGUGGACGACGAUAUGGAUGAUGAUAAAGAGUGCGCGUUGGACGAGUUUGAAGAUACCGUCGAAGAAGAAGCGGAACUGGAUGAGUACGGAUACGCAAUCGUGGACGAAUUACCGUUGACGGGAAGAGAAUUGGCGUUGUUGUGUUACGGCAAGUACGAUAGGUUUCACGACAUGGCACUCAAACACGUUAAAAUGGGAGGCGGGAUGAGUAAAUGGGUUUCUCUCAAUUUGUACGUCGGACAUCUCGCCCAGAAAUCGUAUCCCACGACGGAAAGAGAAUAUAUCGAAAGACUCGAUGCAAUUGCAUACAUGAUCACCUCUUGGGGACAAGCUGGAUACACGAGGAGGUGGUUCGCCGAGAAGCCAAUGGCGAGAAGAGGAUUACCGAGUCGACCACGCGUAGAUACGUGCGUGACGUUGCAAUUCAACAGAUCGCCGACGUGGGACGACUCGAUGGGUGACGAAUUUUUCGAUUACUAA